AGCAAAACUUGGGUAUACAAACCGUACACACAUAUCUUUGGACUCUAAGAACAUCAAGACGAAGAUUCGUCCGUCAAUUUAUGUACGCUGAGCAACAUUUAGACACAACACCUCACCAUCUCUCUUGCGUGGAUUUUCUAUGCUUGCCCACGUUAAUUGACCGAUGGGUAAAACUAAAAAUUGUGAUCUCUAAGUGGGCUCAAUUUUAGUAGAUCAAGAAACCUUUUGGGUAAUGAAGGCCACAUCUCAGUCCAAAGGUUCCAUCUUGCCAGUGAUCAGUGGAGCUCCAUAGAGCCAUAAACGCACAGCAAGGUUGUGUGCAAAUCCAUAAUACUCACAUGGAGGAGCAAUCCCAUGAACAAGCCUCGAUAGAGACAUCACCUUCUUCUUCUUCAGUAGACCAUAAAACUUGGAUAGAGACCCAGGAUUUUCUGAAGAAAAAGUUGAUUGCAGAAGAUGAUUUCACAUGGAGAUUAGCUGUUACAGGAAGGUCAAUGGAGAAAGAGGAGGAGGUGUUGAAGUAUGUGGGUGGAGUUGAUAUAAGCUAUUCAAAGGAAGACCCAUCAAUGGCAUGCGGGGUUCUUGUAGUUUUGGACCUCCAAACUCUCCAAAUUGUCUAUGAAGACUUCUCUAUUGUCACCCUCCAUGUCCCUUAUCUUCCUGGCUUCCUUGCUUUCAGAGAGGCCCCAGUGCUUCUUGAGCUUUUGGAGAAAAUGAAAACCAAUGCUAAUCCUUUAUAUCCACAGCUGCUAGUGGUAGAUGGAAAUGGAAUACUUCAUCCUCGAGGUUUUGGCUUGGCUUGUCACCUUGGCAUUCUGGCAAAUCUACCUACUAUUGGGAUUGGAAAAAAUCUUCACCAUGUGGAUGGCCUAACACUAUCUGGUGUGAUGCAACUUCUUAAAGCCAAGGAAGACUACGCUGAAGAUUUUGUUACUUUGAAAGGAUGCUCUGGGCGUAUAUGGGGAGUGGCAGUGAGAUCUACUGGUGGCUCAUUGAAGCCUAUAUUUAUUUCAGUUGGUCACCGUAUAGCACUUGAUACUGCCAUCAGGAUUGUAAAAAUGACUUGCAAAUUUCGUGUCCCAGAGCCUAUUCGGCAGGCUGAUAUAAGAUCCAGAGACUAUGUUCGGAAGCAUCAAACGAGAAUGUCCAAAUGAUUCAAUUUCAAGAAUCUGUUGUUAGUUAACAAGGCAAAAUUUGUGAGAUUUCAGGGCCUGCUGUAUUUUUGCUACACCAAUAUAUGCAGUGUUAGAAUGCUCAUCGGGUCCCAUUUUAAUGCUUCUCCUCGGCCCCAAAAAGGCCGGCCUUGAUUACACCACCAGGCUUUUCAAGAGACCCGGGUCUGCGUUCCACUCUCGAAGAAAAUGUUCAGAUCACGAUCCUUAACUUCAGUCUCCAGCUGAUGGCUCUUUAUUCUUACUAACAAGGGUUUGGGACUUGAAGCCACUCCCCAGUUGAAUAUCUAA